UUUGUAGAGGACGAUCAAUCUUUUGAACACCACGUCGAUUGUAUGUCUCGCAACGCCACCUAUGGUGGUAAUAUGGAACUAGCUGCCUUUGCAAAAAUGCAGCAAGUCAAUAUCAAAGUCUACCAACCUGGUCUAAUAUACAUUAUUCACGGUAAAGAGGAACAGGAAGACGACACACAAGUGUUACAUAUCGCAUAUCAUAGCUGGGAACAUUAUAGCUCCGUACGGAAUAUCGAUGGUCCUUACACUGGUCCACCCGACAUUCAAAUCAAAAUCGCAGAAGACAACCCACAAGAAGAAAUAGAACUCACCUCACAAGAAAAAAUUGUUUUAAAUGCUUGUCCUGACACAAACUUGCAAACCAUUAGACAAUUUCUCAAAAAACACAAGGGGAUCCCAGACGAUGCUAUCAAUGCCAUUUAUGAAUCUCAGUUAGAGGAGGCCGUAGAGACACACGAUGAAGCAUCGGAUAAACCAUCCGAUACGGAUGAUACGACCCAUGAGACCCGACAAGAAGACCUCAAUAUGCAUGAACAAGAUCUACUUGACCAAUUCCCAAAUCUGCCUCCAGAAACCAUCCAAACCGUCUGGAAAAAGCACGGGAAUUCCAUGGACGCCAUCAAAGAGCUCCAAGGGAUCGUUCUUCCCAAACCAAAGAAACAAAAGAUACUUUCAUCACGCGAACGUAAAGAACUUGCCAAAAAGAAACGAAAGGAAGAAGCUAUGCUUAAAAAACGUGCCAAAGCACAACGUCAACAAAGCUAUAAAGAACAAGAUAGGCCGGACUCGGCCAAUGAUGAUAUCACGAAAAUCAUCAAAACCAUGAAAGAAAUUGACAUUUAA